AUGGGGACCUCAGCCGAUAGAUCUUUUGACAAUGGAGUGCCGUAUUCGGGAUUGACGAGGCCAAGAAUGGGUCAUUCUAGAAACAUCUCGACGCCAAACUUACAUUUCAGUGGAUUUCGAUCUGGCAAGAGACAGACUUGGAAUGAGCUAAACAAGACAAGUUCAUCUGAUGCAUUGACCGCGGCAUCAUUGGCGGCAAGAGUAUGCGCUGCAAAAUCUGAGGAGACUCGGCAAAGUGUUCAACAUGAUCGUAGAGGAGAAAACAGCUCGUAUAGAUACGGGCAGACUGUCCGAAGAGCCUAUAUUACUGCAAGCAAGCAACAUGAGUAUCAGAAUGAGUCUGUGGGUUCGUCAGAAAUGCUACAGACCCUUUGGGAUCUUCCGCCGGAUAAGGAAAACCUUUGCAGACCUACAAUAAAGUGCGAAAGUGCCGUGGAAGCAGACUCAACAGACAGUUCUGAUUUUAAUGAUGAAAUCCCUGUUGAUGACGAAGAAUUGGGCAGCCAGAUGGAGAUGCUUGCUAUAUCAUCGGAUGAAUUGGCGCACGAUAGUCAAAGUAGGUCCGGGUCAAGCAUAAUAGAGCCGGAAAGUGGCCGGAGGGGUUCAAGUACAAAUUUGAGAUCCAGAAGAAAGCCACCUCCAGUUGACUCUACAGAGACGAUUAACGAUAUAGGGAGGGCCGACAACUUGAUCGAGGCCCAGAGAAAACCGUUACUGACACUAAGGGGAACGGAGAAGCUGCUAUCACCGUCUCCUUACGAGUAUGGCAAGCACAACAUUUCAUCGCAGCAACUUUUGACUGGCUCGGAUGAGGACAGCGACGAGGAAUCGGACGUGGGUUCGAAGAUGGAUGUCCCCAACUAUACUAUAGUCUCCGGCAUGAUCCUAGAGGAUCCGGUCUACAAGCGACACCAUCACCACCAUCAUUAUUACCACACACAGGGGCUUUCCAGGAUGCUUGGUUUCCAGAAAGGCGACUCGCAAGAAAAUUUAAGUUAUGACAGCGGAAGAAGUUCACCGGAAAGAAGAGAGUCGAGUGUGAUUUCCAUUGAUAGCGGCCAACAACCGUCUGACGGCAGUAAAGAGAGUCCACUUGUAUUCCGUACAACAUUACGAGACAGCAAAAAACAAAGCAAGAGGCACAGAAAAAGCCAUCUAAAGGAAUUUGAUGAGCGUAAGCCCUGGAAGCAUCACAAGGCAUCGAGCUACGUGACUGAGGAGGAGAAGGAGUCGUAUGACAUGGUAUGGAAAGCAAAUAAGAACGCAUAUUUAAAAGAAUACGAAAAGCUAAGAGAAACGAGGCAGACAGGAGAGGAUCGGUGUAUUCCGGAUUUCUCGAAGUACCUCCCGAAAGACCGCAUUGUAGGUAUUGUGGUCCGCGAGAUUUGGCGGAGAUCAAGGCUCAGUGACGAGAUGUUGGCGCAGAUUUGGAACAUGAUUAUGGCUCACCGGAGUAAAGUGCUCACAGCAAGGUUCGAACCCGGAAUAACGGAGAGCGAUACAAGCGACGCGUCGACAUUCGACGACGGGACGCUCACCGAGACUGAGUUUCUCGUAGGAAUGUGGAUGGUGGAUCAGUGUCUUUAUGGCAGGAAGCUUCCAAAGGAGAUCGAGCUGAGCGUUUGGGACAGCGUGGAGUCUACAGGGGCGUUUGAUGCCAGGCGGUUGAAGCACCACAUGAGGAAGAAGAUGCUGAGCAAAGUGGUGGGGAAGAUAUAG